AUGUUUGGCAUCGUGUGGAACCUCUUUGCCGCCGUACGAUAUGGCCAUCCCGUGUACAUCAUGUCCAAAUUCUAUUACAAGCACUUUAUCCACUACGUCGACAAGUAUCGGGCAUCUGAAACAUAUCUCACACCAGCGAUCAUCAAGGUCCUCAUCAACCUCGAAGAUCCUGCUCUCAGAGAAAGCUUGGUCACGCUCCGCUACAUUGGCGUGGGUGGAGGGCCGAUUGACUCGGUUGCCCUAGGAAGGCUGAAGGCCGCCCUCCAUCCGGAAGCUACCGCGUCUCAGAUCUGGGGAAUGACGGAGUUCGGGGUUGCUGCCCUCUUCCGCUGGGGCGAACACGAUGAGACAGGAUCCCUGGGUCGGCUACUUCCAGGGUACCAGAUCCGCGUGGUUGAUCACAAGGGUCAUGAUAUCACGGCAGAGGCCCGACCCGGAGAGCUGCUUGUCCGCUCACCAAGUCUCAUGAGUGGAUAUAUAAGCACCGUACCCUCUGCCGGGGUUGACCAAGAGGGAUGGUUCCGAACCGGCACAAUUGGUUUUGUCAAGAAGGGCAAGUUCUACGUUGUUGGCAAAACGAUGGAGGUAUCCGAAACCCUGAAGAACACACAUUCCGAACAAUUCUCACCUGGUCCUUUACCAGCUCUUAGUUCACAUUCUUAUUAUCAUGACACAUGGUGA